AUGGAAUUGUUUUAUUUUCAAAGUGGCGGGCCAUAUGCAAUUAAUCAAAGGAAACGACAUGGAAUUGUUUCAUUUUCUCAAAGUGGAGGGACAUAUGCAAUUAACCAAGCAAAUAAAAAACUUAAAGAGAAUUUGUACUCGACUAAACAUUUGAUUACAGUUUGGAAAUUCAUUUCUUUUCUACCUAGGCCUAAGAAUAGGUAUUACGAACGCAAAAACUUAGAGGAAUAUCCGGAAAAGGAUGGAUAUAAAAACUACAGACAAUUAAAUAUUAGCACGAA